AUGUUGCUGAAGGUAGUGCCGGGUGUUGACAAACAAUAUACAAUCGUUGGACCGGGAACCAUACACUCUCAUCGAGACUACAAUGUGGCUGUCGCCGUGCAUCACACCAAGGAGCCCGUUACCUUGAAGAUUGGUAUUACGGGACCUUCGUACAACGAGACCCAAACGGUCGAGUUGCCAAAUAGCGAUGAGUUCAAGCAGAUUACCUUCAAGUUGCCUCCUCUAAAAUCUGGAGACUAUAACUUAACCGCAGAGGGCGUCUCGGGACUAGAGUUCAAGAACUCCACGCAGCUUACUUUGGCAGAGUUUAAGCCCUACGUCAAGCUGCAAACCGAUAAGGGAAAGUAUAAGCCCGGCGACACUAUCAACUACCGCGUAAUCUUCUUGGAUGAGAACCUUAGGCCAAGUGUGGCCGAGGAUGAUGUAGUCGUAUGGUUCGAGGAUCCCAAACGCAAUCGCAUUAAAGAGCUUAAGCACAUCAAGACUCGAGGUGGUGUCUACACCGGAAAAUUUGAACUGUCGGAGUUUGCCAUUCUGGGCUCGUGGACCCUUUCGGUGCAGAGUGGCAAUUCCUAUUCGGAUGAGCGGGCCUACUUUGACGUGGAGAAAUACGUGCUCCCUAAAUACAUCGUCAAAAUGGAUGCGACUCAGCAUGUGUCGGUCAAGGACGGUGAUAUGCAGGUUGUUGUGAAAGCCAAUUACACCUAUGGCAAGCCAGUAAAUGGCAAAGUACUGCUCAAUGUGCACACGGACGAGUCAAGCUCAUGGUCCACGGUAAAUGGCGAAACAGUCCGCACAGACACGCCAGGGUACGCUGUUAAAUGCUUACAGACAUAA